UGUAAUGUGAUUGCAGCCACCAAACAUGAACUGUCGAGUUGAGACUUUUUCUAGGAUAUGCAAUACAUUUGAUGAGAGGAGGACACGAUGGGUAAAUGAAAUGGGCUUAGGUGUGCUGUUGAAAGUCCUAACUGACAUUCAUUUGCCCCGACAAAUGGGUUAUUGGCUAAUGAGUCGUAUUGAUCCGUUGAAUAAGUUGCUAGUUGCUCCGGAUGGAAAGCAAUUUAGGUUAUCGGCUAAUCAGGUACACUGGGUUCUAGGUAUCCCAAAUGGUGGGUUAACUGUUCCCACUGGGAAAUCCAUGUCAGGUGAUCUGCAAAAGAAGGUGAAUGAAAUCCAGUAAAAAUAUGGCCAAUCUUCAAAGACCAGAUCGCGCAAGGAUGGAGGGCGUGUGUUAUACUUCUGUUGGAAUACCUGUGAAUUCCAGGUUGAUGGAAAGGUUGGAGGGUGAAUGGGAUGUAGAUGAGGAAGAGGAGUUUAAGACUAUUUUUCUGUUGAUAUCAUUGGAGAUGGUUUUAUGUCCUACGCAGUCUCUUAGGCUGGCUUGUGAUUUAUUUCCCGCCCUUACGUGUGCUAUGAAUGCUGCCUCGUACAAUUGGUGUGAGCUUGUUCUGAAUAAGUUGAUGGAAAGCGUUGCUAGUUUUGCGCGUCGUUUUUAUUCGACUGGAGUAGCAGGAGGAUGUGGUGGCUGUACCAUUUUUGCUGUGGUAUUCUAUUUGGAUAAGCUGGAUAGGUUUCCCGUUCAGUGGGGUGAAUUCCCUAGGAUUAAGGUUUGGAACCUAAAUCAGAUUAGCUUAGCCACUAAAGAAGAUCGUAUUGCUUGCGGUGGUGACUAUGGUGUGAUGGGGACGAUGGAUGUAGCUUACGGUGAGAACCACCCAAAGGAAGCACGAGACACCGAUGGACCUUGCAGGGUAAAUUAAUAUUUUCAUACUCCUCAACGUGGCUGUAAAGCGAAGAAGAGGAGGGGUGCACCACCAAACUCCUUUCCACAUCAAAGUGAAAGCUCGAACCCUUUGUAUCAUGGAAGCACGCUAUUUAUUUCCGAUCAAUUGGUUUCUGUACCCCCUGCGGCUACAAGUCAAGAGUUUUAUGAAUUUCUCCCAAUGGUGGCAACAUUAAGAUGAUGGCUGUGUUGUUGAUCAGCCCAAAUAACUUGUAUUCUAUGCACUGUUUUUACUUUUAUUUUAGCUUGUAAAUCCUGAUUGUUUAAUUAUCUGUUAGAACUAACUAAUAAUAGGGAAUAGCUAAUAAUCAUAUUGAGUAUUUGGAUGCAUAAACCUGAACAUCAGUAAUUGGGCUGAUUGAUGUGAGUGAUUGGGCUGGACUGCGUAAUA